AUGAGAUUCCAUGUUUUGCCCAAAAUAACAAGUAAUCUGCCCAUAAGAAAAGUUUCGCUCAAUCGGUGCGAGAUUCCCCAGAAUUUAGUGUUAGCAGAUCCGGAGUUUUGGAGUCCAGGUCCGAUAGACAUGAUCAUCGGGGCAGAAUACUUUUGCGAUUUAUUGCGAUCUCGGAAAUUGAAAGUUUCGGACAAUGGUCCAACUCUGCAAGAAACCGAGUUUGGUUGGGUUGUCUCCGGCAGAGUUUCUGAUAGUUCCGUCGCAACAUUGGAAUCUCCAGUCAGUUCGGAUUGUUUUGUUAGUUCUACAGCGAAUUUGGAAGACAUGAUUGCUAAGUUUUGGGAGUUAGAAUCAUGUAAUACUAACAGCAUUUUGUCAGUUGAAGAGUCAGUUUGUGAACAGAUGUUCAAAGAAACCACAAUUAGGAAUUCGGAAGGUAAAUUUGUCGUCACCUUGCCGAAAAAACGUGGUGUUUUGCGUAACUUGGGUGAAUCUAGAGGAAGAGCGAUGAGUCGGUUCCUCAGUUUGGAAAGAAGGCUAUCUGCAAAGGCAGAAUUGAAGGCUUUGUAUGCGGAUUUUAUCCAUGAGUUUGUGUCUAUGGGACAUAUGAAAGAAGUUUCAGAUGAUGUGUCAGUUGAUAUGUGUCAGAAUUCAGUCAAAAUGGGUCCGAAUACAGUCGGAAUGCGUCAGAAUAAUGUUCAGAAUGUGUCAGAAUUGAAUCCUGUGUAUUAUCUCCCACACCAUGAAGUAUUGAAGCCGGAGAGUACAACUACAAAGCUACGCGUAGUGUUUGAUGCUUCGUGUCGCACCUCAACGGGCGUUUCGUUGAACGACGCGUUGAUGGUGGGGCCUACUGUGCAGAACGAUUUGUUGUCGAUCAUCUUGCGCUUCCGUUUGCACCGAUACGCCAUCAGUGCAGACAUCGAGAAGAUGUACAGGAUGGUACAAGUUCAGCAACCGGAUCAACACCUUCAGCGAAUUUUGUGGCGAGAUACACCUGAUGAACCAGUAAAAACGUUUGAGUUAACGACCGUUACAUACGGAACUGCAAGUGCUCCGUAUUUGGCUACAAGGUGCUUAAAACAGCUUGCUGAAGAUGGAUCAGCAAGUCAUCCAAUUGGUUCGAGAGUAGUCAGAGACAGUUUCUACGUCGACGAUUGUCUAGUUGGAGCGGACAGUGUCGAAGAAGGCAAGCAUUUAGUUGAAGAAACUACCGAUCUCACCAAUUCGGCUGGGUUUAAUUUACGGAAGUUCAACUCAAACUCACCAGAGAUAUUGGCAAGCAUUCCUGAAGAUUUGAAAGAGAAAAAGUCAGUUUUAGAGUUCGAUUCGUCAGAUUCAACUGUGAAAACCCUUGGUUUGAAGUGGGACAUAGAGUCAGAUAAUUUUUGUUUUAGUAUUCCCCAUUGGAGGUCAUCAAGUUCGCAAAUCACGAAAAGAAGCGUGCAUUCUGAUGCAGCCUGUUUGUUUGAUCCUCUUGGGCUCGUGGGUCCAGUUGUUGUGCAAGCAAAAAUGAUAAUCCAGCAACUGUGGCGUCUCAAGGUUGGUUGGGAUGACCCAUUGGAUGAUCAGUAUCAAAAUCUAUGGAAGGAGUACAAACAGAGUUUGAUGCCAUUGGAAUCUUUGUCAGUACCUCGUUGGCUUGGUUUCAGUAAAGAUUCUGUGUCAGUACAGUUACAUGGGUUUUGCGAUGCGUCAGAGGUAGCUUAUGGAGCUUGUGGUAUUUCCGGAGUUUCUAUUGACAGUAAAACACGUCUUUACAGUAUAAUGUAUAAUCGAAGAAUGUAUUUUCACUAA